AUGUACGUAAUAUAUCCUGCGGAUGAAGUAGUUUCCCUGACAUACACAUCGCAUUCGCUGCCCCGGCCCCGGCAGCGGCCUACGCUCGACGUCCUCUUCGGGCCGUUGCUCCCCCCGCCGUCAGUAGCGCAAUCACCCCCACCCCCGCUCCCGCUCCCCACCUCCUCCCGCAGUUGGUUUUCCCUCAAAACGGCGCCCCCCGAGCCUCCGGAGCGCGCGCCGGCGUCGCCGACGCCGUCGCUCGAGCGACCCGCCAAACAAAAAACCAAGGCGAAACUUUUCAAGAAACUCGUCCGUCAGGAGGAUAACGAAUUCGGAAAGAUAGUUAGAACUCCCGCUCCUGAUGAGUUCGAAUUACCUGCACCGCUGCCCACACCGGCUUUCUCGAGAAAAAACAUUUUCGACAGAGAUUUCGAUGCCCUCUUCGAAGUGGCUAACUCACCCCAGUUCACGGCUAAAAUUCGUGUGACGACUCCUGAGCCAGAUCGCAGGUCUGAUGUUUCGGCUGCGCACUUUCCUUCUCCCGCGACAUCCUCACUUAGUCUCCUCCCUCCACGACCUUACUCCGAACCGACGAGUGCUUCACCCAAUACUUCAGGUCGUUCCUCUUCGCAUUCGACGCCAACGCCGCACCAGUCUGAAGGGGCAAAUUCGAAAUCGAAGAAAGUCAGUUUCUUCCGGAAGUGGAGUCAUUCGAAGGGGCCGUCGCCGCCUCGCGCUCGCAGCAUGCAGCAACCAUCGCUGGAGAUGGCUCUACGUGAGCUCAAUCACCCGAGCCAUAACGAACAGCUCAAGAAUCAGCAGCAAGUCACUUUCAAACUAGUCAAAACAGCUGUUGCCACGAUAUGCAGGUAUUACAACCAUUAUCAAGAUAACAAAAUACGCUUCACGACCCGAACGGACUAUUUAGAAUGGAAUACGACCUUUCCAUCCAUAACAGUAUGCGAGAUGGCAGACAUUGAGAAAAUAUGGAUGAGAAAUGAAAAAUUAAAGGACAACACCACAGAGAAACUCGAUAAUUUAAUAAAGGAGAUUGCUUUCUUCGAUGGUACUUGCUACAGCUGUUUAUCGAUAUGCGAAGAGGAGCUCGUUUGUAAUUUGAAUCAUUCACAAACGAUUUCAAUGUACCGAUCUUCGUGCAAGCAAAUGUUUUUGACUUGCAAUUGGAAUAACAAUCCUAUAAAUUGUUGCAAAUACUUCAAACCGAUUCAGACUGAAUAUGGCAUUUGCUUUUCUUUUAACAAUUUACACUCGAAAGUGAAGGAGAACAUCUACCGUGUUACGACGAGCAACACGCAGAAAAAAGAUACUUUUGAAGUGAUGCUAACGCAAAACUACGAAGCUUUCAUACAUUCGCCAGAAGACGUGCCCUUCUGGAAUAUGGAAUAUGAUAGAAGGAUCACAAUUUUUCGCGGGUCACAAGCUAGAAUUGUUUUUUCUAUUCUGGAUGUUGUCAAUGAGCCUGAAGUGUCAUUGACGACUCCAGAUGUGCGCCAGUGUAGAUUUGAGGAUGAAGUACCCAGUAACUAUAUAGGGUACGAUAAGUACAGUUAUUCUGUGUGCAUUACCGAGUGUCGUAUAAGAGCGCAAUUAGAACUCUGCAACUGUACACAUCGCUUGUCCCCACGGGGAUACAAAGACAAAUAUUGUGAUUUAGACGGUCUGAAAUGUUUAACUAGGCACUUUAAGACUCUGAGCAAAUUGAAGGUGCCAGGGACUAACGAUUCGGGAAUAGACUGCGACUGCUUGCCUUCUUGCAAUGAGCCGGAUUACAAUAUAGUGUCUAAAAUGCUAACUGAGCCUGAAAAGGAUACUAAAACUGAGGUAAACCUGGCUCAUGCUCUGUUGGUUGAUCAGAAGGAAGGUCUGCUGGAGUAG